AUGGCGGAACGCGACGAGUCGGCAGCCAGCCGCUCAGAGCGGCUGGCGGCCGCGCAGCGUGCGGCGGCCGCGCAGCGUGCGGCGGCGCCAAACCUGCAGACCCGGCACCGCACCUCUGGCGAGAGCUCGACCUACGCCCGCGACUUCUUCGGAGCGUCUCGCCUCCACUUCAUCGGGUCGUGGAAGGAGCGGUUCAAGGCGAUCUGCGCCGGGAUGCCGCCGGCGCCCCCGCUGCCGACGCCGAGGCCAGGCGAGCAGCGCGCCGUGAUGCACAUCGACAUGGACUGCUUCUUCGCCUCAGUCGCUGUGGCGCACUUCCCCGCCUUUGCCGGCCUGCCGCUGGCGGUGAGCUGGGGCAACCCCUCCGUCGAGAGCGGACACGGUGAAAUCGCGAGCUGCAGCUACGAGGCGCGCGCGCGAGGCGUCCGGAACGGAAUGUGGCUGAAGGACGCGCUGCCGCUCUGCUCCGACGGGGCGGGCGGGCCGUCCGAGCUGGUGGUGGUGCCGUACCAGUUCGACGAGUACGCGGCGGCGGCCGAGGCCAUGUACCGCCGCGUCUUUGCGCUGACGCCGCACGUGAUUGGCGUCUCUUGCGACGAGUGCUACGCCGACGUGACUGGCUGCGGAGAUCCGCUCGCCCUGGCGACGGAGCUGCGCGCGCAGAUCCGGGCGGCGACGCGGUGCAACGCCUCGAUCGGCAUCGGCCCGAGCCGGCUCGUCGCCCGGAUCGCCACCUCCGCCUGCAAGCCGGACGGGCAGAGCGCGCUCAGCGAGGAGGGGGCGCGCCGCCUGCUCGCGCCGCAGCCGGUGACGGCUCUGCCUGGGAUCGGGCGCUCGAACGCGGCGGCGCUGUCCGCGGCGGGCAUCGCGACGUGCGGCGAGCUCGCGGCGGCGCCCGCCGGCGCCGUCCGCGCCGCCGUCGGGGCCGUCAACGGCGACAAGCUCCGCGCGUUUGCCGCCGCGAGGGACGGGCGCGCUUGGGAGGAGCCAGCCAAGGUCCGCUCGUCGAUCGGCGCGCAGUCGAGCUGGGGCGUGCGGUUUCGCGCCCGCUCGUGCCCGGUCUCGGCGUGCGAGGAGGGGUGCGGCUGCGCGCACGCCUUCGUCCGCCAGCUCGCCGAGGAGGUGGCGAGGCGGCUCGGCCAGGCGGGGAUGCGCUGCCGCGGCGUCGGCCUCAAGGUUUGGAGGGCGAAGGAGGGCUGGACCUCCGCCACCGCGAAGGGAGGAAUGGGGCACGGCGCGUGCGACAACCUCUCGCGCAGCGUGGCGCUCGAGCGGCCCACCGCCUCCGAGGCCGACCUCGCCGUCAUCGGCCUCAAGCUGCUGCAGGGCCUCGCCAUCCCGCAUGAGGCGCUGCGCGGCGCCACCAGGCUCGAGCAAGGGGCUGGCUCGGCCGCCUCCCUCUCCACGCCGUGGGGCGACCGCGCCGCACCGCUCCCGAGGGCCGGGAGGGGCGGUGGAGGAGAAGGAGGAGGCGGCCGCGGUGUGGGCAGGGGCGGCGGCGGUGGCGGCGGUGGCGGCGGCGGUGGUGUGGGCAGUGGCGGCUGCUGCGGCGGCGGAGGCGGAGGCUCCGAGGCGGGCCCGUCCGAUGCGGCCCUGUCCCUGGAUCGGUCGGAGGGUUGCUUCCUCAAGAGGAGGCGGAGGAGUUGCGGAGAGGUGGCGAGCUCGCCGGCCGCGCCGCCCGGCAGCGCGGCGCUCGAGGAGUACUACGACGCCGUGCUCGAGUCGCUCCGCUCCUGCUUCCUCGAGGUUGCCUUCCGCGCGCGCGCCGAGCAGGGCGCCGAGGCCCUCUCCGGCUUGCCCGGCCUCCUCUCGGACGGCGCCGAGGCGCUGCUGCGGGCGGGCGGCGCCGGGGCGGAGGCGGAGGCGCGGGCGAGGUCUCUCGUGGACGAGGCCAAGUCGCUCGGCUCGCGCUGGGCCGAGACGCGCCGCGCCGGCCUCUGGCUCGAGCACUGGCUGCAGGCGUGCGACGACGUGGAUCGAGGCGUGGAGCCGAUGGCGCAGCGCCUGCGGACGUGCGGUAGCUUUCGGGCGUGA